AUGUCAUCUUGGAUCUAUGCUAGCGAAGAUAGCAUUCGAGGAAAAAGUCAAAAAGGGGAAUCGCUUUGGGCACGUGUGAAUAAAUUUUAUCACAUAACUCAAGCAGAAAAUCCCAAUGAGCUCAACGAGCGAAACACUGAAUCAAUGAAAGGUCGCUGGAAACGUCUUAAUGAAAAUGCAAACAAAUGGGUUGCUGCUUGCAGGGAGACAAAUGCUCGAAGAAGGAGUGGAAUGAGCGACAACGAUGUUGAGAAAGAAGCUCAUUCCAUUUACGAAGCAGGUGGGAGCAAGUUUCAAGAUUUGGUUGUAUUUAAUGAAGUUAUGAGUAAACAUCCCAAGUGGAAUGUUUAUGAUACAACACCAAUUUUUCCUCAUGCAAGUGAAGAUGUUGAUAACCAUGAAAGUGGUGGCAGCUCAAAAAGAUCAAAGACUUCAGAAGAUGGGGGGUUUUCUGUCCCCUCUAAUCCAGAAACUCCAACAUCUGAACAAUCAACCGCAACUCGUCCAAUUGGCAGAGAUAAGGCAAAAAGGAAAGGAAAAGGUAAGGCCUCACAAUCUGAAUCUACUAAUGAAUCUGUUGUUGCUGCAGAAAUUCGUGCAAUGAGACUCACUAGAGAUGCCGAAGCUGAGUUAAUAAAGACUCGAAUCAAACUAGAGUGCGAAAAGUUGCAAAGAAACGCAAUGAAGAUGAAAGAAAAAAUGUUGCUUCAAUUGUUGGCGAAAGAUCACUUAUCUCCGGAGGACGAAGAGAUGAAACGUCAACUAACUAAGAUUGUGUUUGGAGAGUGA